AUGUUUGAACCGCUGUGUAAAGCGACAGGCGCUCCAGAAGCCUUAUCUUUCUUCACCGGCAGCAUUUCUAUCCUACUAAUGAUCAUAAACAUCCCCGGUAACCUCCUAGUGAUCCUCGCGGUCGCUUUGGAUCCCAACAAAAACCUGCGCAACUCUUUCAAUUUCCUGGUAACGAACUUAGCUGUAGCGGACUUGGUCGUCGGCUUGGUCACGGAUCCUCUAUCCAUCCAUGUCCAUUUCAAAGAAGGAAACAACCAAGCCAUCUCAACCGCAGAACUACAGGCAAUACAUAUGUCGUAUUUCAUCUCUUGCACAGCGAGCGUGUUGAGUAUCAUCUUACUUGCAUGUGAUCGCUACAUCGCCUUAGUCUACCCGACUCGACACCGAUUGAUUAUGAGUCGUCCAGUACUGCUAGCAUCCAUUGCCCUAAUCUGGCUCGUGUCCAUCGCUUUGCCCUGCAUCUAUUUCGAAGUUGGUUACAUCCGUUAUGCUUUCAUAUUUGCAAACACAGCUGUUGUCGUUGCUAUUAUUAUCGCACUCUUCACUUAUACUCGUCUUAUCAUGAAGUUCCAUAAAGCAGCCCGUCCCACCGCUGACACAGCAAACAGCGACGCCCCCGAUGGUUCGCCGACACCCUCAUACAACGACCAAAAACGUAUCACCGAAAUGUUUCUAGUCAUCCUGAUAGCUGUGCUAUGCUGUUACGUUCCCUCGACAAUUUUAAUCUACGCGAUGAAUUUUUGCGAGAGUUGCAGCUGCGACGAGAUUCAUACGUUCCGUGAUCUUCAGUUCGUGUUCGUUAUCGCGAAUUCGAGCGUGAAUUUCUUCUGCUACGCGUUUCGUUCACCAAAGUUCCGUUCCGCGUUCAAAGUGAUUUUAAGGCUACAAAAAGCUGGCGCUGGAAACGACGAUAUGAACAUGAACACUGUGGAGAAAGGAGUUACCGAAGUCACUGAAAAUAAACUCUAA